GUGAAAGCAGAGACGGACGGAGUGAAGUGAAGAGGUGACACAUGCUUAUUGGACCUUUCAUUGCCACCAUGCAUCAGGACAUCGACGAUGAAGUUGAGACGGAGAAGAGUACCAGGAGGCUCCGGGAACUGUUUCAUACAAAGGAGAUCCCUGUGGCCACAGCUGAAUCCCUGAUGAGAAGGUAUAACAAUGACUAUGACCUGGUGGCUCAAGAUAUCAUUCGGCUGAAGGAACAAGAUGAAGGUAUUGAUGGCAACAAUCCUGAAGUUUCGGACGAAGAUGAUGAAGAUCAUGACAUACAGGACAUUGCAGAACGUUUACGGAAUCUUCCACUGACAGAGGAGAACCUGAAUAUGUUUAACUUGGCGAGAAGAAAUGAGAUUCCCCGAGAGCAAAGGCAGUUUGCAUGCUCGGUUUGUGACAGGGAUUGGUGGCGGGAGGUGCCUGAGAGAAAGCAGGUCUCAAGGUGCCGCCGGUGCAAACGAAGCUUUAUGCCAGUGCCAAGAGGUCAGGAGUGGGGUUUCGCUGAGUAUCAGUGCCCCAACUGCAACCAUUCUUUCAAAGGAUUUGGUCAGAUGGGCCUUCCUGCCCCAUGCUACAGAUGUCGCAGCAUUGUUCUACCCAUCCACAUCAUUCCACGUCUCCGGGACCAGAGGAUACCUGGUAUUGGUAAUGGUAUUGGAGUCAACAGGCGGGAUUCACACGGCUGCUGUGCUGAAGACUGUUACAAUAGACAAGAGCCCCAUGUUCCUGGCACGCACUGCGUCCAUCCCCAGACACGGAGAGCUCGCGGCCUACCCAAGAUCCUGCUUCCCUGCCCCCACCACGAGUCCACCGGCUCCACAGUGGCCAGCUGCAUCAGCCAGGGUUCCAUAAUGGAGUGUGACAUCGAGGAGAUCAUCCUGGAGGAUCUGACUGCAAACCCGAGGAGGAACCGGGAUGAAUGAAUUGCAAGAGCUGGAACUGGCACAGACCCGUGCUUCAGUAGAAUUCUCGACGCUUUUAAUCUGGAGGAAACAUUGACAUAGACCAGACCGCUGCUCUGGAGCAUAGCUGCUUUGAAAGAGAGGGAACAUAGUGCAAUGUUUAUAUUUGUUCACACAAGGCUAACUGGAGAGGGGAAGCUUGGUAUUUUCCUUCAUUAAAACCACUCUUCAAGCUCUGUACAUUUCCUGAAAUCAUUUCAGUAAAACAGUCUACAAAAUGA